AUGGCGGUAAUAACACUUUACACUGUUCUGAUAGCAGUAGUAGCCAUGUCUCUACUUUCACUGUCAUUCAAGAAGCUGAGGAGCACAAAGGUCAAGUUGCCACCAGGCCCCUACGGCUUACCGCUCGUUGGCUACCUGCCAUUUCUUGGCAGAAACAUCCACCAAACUUUCAUGGAAUUGGCCAACAUCUAUGGUCCAAUCUACAAGCUCUCUAUUGGACAGAAAUUAUUUGUCUUAAUUAGCUCUCCCACCUUGGCAAAAGAAGUGGUACAUGACCAUGACAUCUCAUUCGCCAACCGCAACCCAACCAUUGCAGCACUGGCUUUCUCUUUCGGUGGAAAGGAUAUUGCAUUCACACCCUAA